AUGGCUGCAAAGAGCUCAACAACCACCAUUGGCCUCAUCAUCAUCUUCCUCAUCGUCUGCUUCGCCGAAGCCGACCUCCUCUCGCCUUCACCAACUACAAGCAACAACUUUGGCACGUGCCCUAGAGACCCAAUACAAAUAGGUGUAUGUGCAAAUGUUCUUCGCCUAGCCAAUGUUACGGCCGGCGACACAAGGGCGCGAACAUGUUGCAGUACCAUAAAUGGCCUCGCGGAUGUUCAAGUAGCCGACUGCCUCUGCUUUGUCUUCCGUCCAAUUCCUUUGGUUUUCGCUAUCGAUGAGGCAGUUAGAAAAAUCUUCUUUGCUUGUAACAGGGUUUUUCCUAUCGGUUUUCAGUGUCCACCACCACCAACAGUAAUUACCCCUUAA